UCUUGUGGUUAGACAACUCCCAUUGAUUGUUUAAUUUCACAGACGAGAAACUUGACGACUUUUUUUUGAUGGCGUCGCGACAGGAAACUACUGACUGCGCUCUCUUUACAUCUAUCUUUGAAAUUCAAGUUUCCUUUCUUAUUUAUUUUUUUUAUGUUCAACACAAUAAGCGUUAUUUCUUUAAUUUGAAUCAUUGUACUAAUGUUAUUUUAAUUGUUGUUCUAUGAAAAGUCACAUAACGAUAUGCAUAAUCAGAAAUUUGUUUAUCGUAUUUUAACGGACUGUACACCAACUAGUGAUUUUAAGGAUAAUUAUAAAUCAUUAUUAAGAAACACGAAUCUCGAUAAUUUAACAGAUGAUUUAGAAAAACAUAUAAACCAUCCUAAUGUAAAUAAAUGCAGUCUUCAUUACACAACUUUAAAUAAAUUAUUAGCAUCUAUUCUACUCGCGAAAGGUGAAGAAGUCAAAGCUAUUAAUCGUUUAACAGAAGCUCAUGCUGUUAUUCAUAGGCGUCAAGUAGAAUUUAGGUAUAAAAAAUGUGAGUUAAGACAACAAUUUAAUCUUGCAGCCAAAGAUUUUGGAGUUAAUCCCGAUUAUAUGUCUUUCGAUGUCAAUAGUAUUAAUGGCCCUAAUUCAUUAAAGAGUAAACUUGAAGAAUUGCCACCAGAAUGGUACAUGGUUCAACUGACGAUUCCUUAUGAACAAUCAAAUAAAUAUGGAACUAAAUCUGUUACUCAUCAAUUACACAUUACUAUUAUGCCCACUGGUAAAAAUGAAAUAGAUCCAUUUUGUAUUACUUUACCAAAACCUAAUACAAAUAUGUACGAUAUAUGUAAAAUAGUUAAAGAACUUUUAGAACGAAAUAAAACGGAAUUAAAUACAGAAUACAAGUCUCAGGUGUUAUAUUGGAAAAUGAGAGAAAAACAGAAUAAAGCAAUGGAGACUGCUGUAACAGAGAUGGAAAAGACUUGGUUACGAGAAUGGAGAAUAUUGUUAAUAGCAGAUUUAUUAAAUCCAUCAGAAAUUGUUGAUGAUAUUCACCGAAUGAUUGAUAAACUUUUAGAUGAUGAUCCUACUGGUAAAAUUGUCUCCGAAACAAAAUGGCUUCUAAAAAAAAUUGCCACGUGUUCAUUUUGUUUAGACAAAAAUGAAAUUUCACGAGCAGUGCAAUAUGUCCUUCCAAAACAUUCAAAAUUGGUAAAAAAUAUUGAAUUGUCUAUUCAAGGAAGACAAAAAGAAAUCGCCACAUUAGAAACAAUGAAAAGAAAAAUAUUGGUAUUGGUGAUAGAUGAAAAUAUGGAUUAUCUUCCAAUAGAAAAAAUGACAAUCUUAUCAAGGCAACCAGUCACUAGGUUUUCCUGUGUUCAAUUAGCUUAUGCAAUGUUUAAAGAACAUGAAAGUACGAUAGUAGAUGGAUGCAAAAUAAUAACAUUAGAUGAAACAGAAGGAACGUUUAUAGUGAAUCCUAGUAAUAACUUACCAAAAAUGGAAAAACGUUUAAAAUUAUUCAUGAAUUAUUGGUUACCAAAGUGGAAAGGUGUAUACAAUGAGAAACCUGAUGAAGAAACAUUCUCUAAUGCCUUAACAAAUCAUAAUGCAUUGAUGUAUAGCGGUCAUGGAAGUGGUAUUCAGUAUUUUCCCGGAGAAGACAUUGAAAGGCUUCGAGUUAAAGCAACUGCUCUACUGUUUGGUUGCAGUAGUAUAAAACUUUUGCCAGUAGGUGGAAAGUUUCCACCUAACGGAGUAUGUAAUCAAUAUUUAACAGCUUGUAGUCCUUGUGUUCUGGGAAUGUUAUGGGAAGUCACUGAUGGAGAUACAGAUAAAAUGACGGUAUCUUUUAUGAGCACUUGGAUACCAUCGUCAGCACCUAGACCUUGGACUUGUGUUGAUCUCGAAUUGUGGUGUCAAGGUACCAUGAAGUUUAAAAAACCUUCUGAAAUUACCGAAAAAACACCAUCUUAUGAACCAGAAUUAUUACGAGCUUUCGCCCAAGCCAAAGAAUGUUGUACCCAAUAUAUGACUGCAGCAGCUGCUGUAGUUCGAGGUUUACCAGUCAAAUUAAAAUACUAGAAUUUAUAGAUAAAAAAUUGUCACAUGAUAAUCUGUGGUUCAGGAACCGAUGAAGCAAUACUCUUAUGUGGCAAAACUUGUCCGCCAUUGAUGUAUAGCUCAUCUUUAACAAUAACAUCUUCACCAAGAACUGUAAU